AACUUAGGUGUGAUAGGCCCAUAUAAAAUUAAGCAAUCCGAAAUAGAGUGGCCUAUAUCGAACGAUAGAGCGACCAUUUCGGGGUUCCAAGAUCAAAGCAGACCACCAUGUCGUCCUCUUCAUUUCCCGACUCGUUCGACCAACUCGGUGGCGACUCGCGACCCGCAGCCUCCACUCGUCCGUUCGACGACGACGGCUACUUGGGCUACGACCCUCGCCUACCUUCACAGCGGUUCGACUCGUUCUCCAACUUCGCGGACUCGGAGUCCGUCAAGGACUCGCUCGUCGACGACUCGCCGGUCUUUCACAGCAGCAACAACAACGACGUGUUCGGUUCACAGACAAUCCCCGAUACUCCAUCUCCGCCGCCGAUCUAUGUCUCCGGCGGUGGAUUCCCUCUGGAUCCGGCGGAAUUCUCGUCGUUCUCCAAGGAAGGGAACGGAGAAGCUUUCGACGGGGAUUUUGUCGCUUCGGAUGGCCCGAUUCUGCCGCCUCCGGCGGAGAUGCAACCUGAGGACGGUUUUGCCCUUAGGGAAUGGAGAAGGCAAAAUGCAAUUCUCCUAGAGGAGAAGGAAAAGAAAGAGAAGGCAUUGUUGAACCAAAUCAUUGAAGAAGCAGAAGAGUACAAGAUUGAAUUCCACAGGAAGAGGAAGAUUACCUGUGAAACUAAUAAAGCCACUAACAGGGAAAAGGAGAAGUUAUUUCUGUCCAGCCAGGAGAAGUUCCAUGCCGAGGCGGACAAGAAUUACUGGAAGGCAAUUGCAGAUAUCAUUCCUAAAGAAGUGCCAACUAUAGAAAAGAAGAGAGGGAAGAAGGACCAGGAGAAGAAGCCUUCUGUUGUUGUAAUACAUGGGCCAAAACCUGGGAAACCAACUGACCUAUCAAGGAUGAGGCAGAUACUCCUAAAGCUCAAGCACAGUACGCCUGCUCACCUGAAGCCCACUCCACCUCCUGCACCAGCCCCUGCCAAAGACGCCAAAACUGGUGGUGGUGGUGCUGCUGCUACUAAGACUGCCGUUGUGGCAACUGCUCCCGAGGCUGUAGCUGUUGCCUGAUAGUUCAAUUCUAGUCUUUUGUGCCCAGAUUCUAUUUUUCGAGAAACUUUGUUGUGAGGGUAUGCAGGGUUUUUCUAUUAGGUAUAUCAUAUAUGCAGUUAUAAAUUUUCGUGUUUCUAUAUGUAUAAAACAUAAUUAUUGAGACAAAUUCUGUCCUGAUUUGUGUUAAUAUUGGAUCUCAAAUUCCUUGUCUAAUAUAUAGACUAAAUCAUGCGUAAAGCUUUUGAUGGUA